CAUUACAAAAUCUGAAUUUCGAUCUGGUGUCCUCCAUGGCUACUGCUGUUCUCCGCUCACAGGACUGUCUUAGAGGUCGGUUUCCAAAGGAAACCCUAGCCCCUUCUCCAUUCAGACCACGUAAGAACAGUAACACUAACGCUAACCCUAACCCUAACCCUAACCCUAGCUUUUCCAGAUCUGGCCGGAGAAAGCGAAUUCCGGUGGGAUCUCUGGACAAAGAGAACGGUCGAAGUGCUAGAUCGCCCGCUAAAAACAUGAUCAUGGGGCAAGUUACGAUUUUGAAGCGUGGUGAAAUGUUGAAGCCGACGGAGGACCGAGUUCGUGGUGUGGUCGAGGAACAGGCAAAGAUUAACGAAGUCUCGGUCUUGUGUUCAACGGAUCGUUUAGGUCCGGAGCCGGAAAUGAUUCCGAAGCAGAUUGGCUUGACAGAUGUGAAGUCGGUUGAUGGUGUUUUUGCUGGGUCAGCGUUUCUUACUUCUCCUCCUCCAAGUUCCCUUCCCUUACCUGGUUUUUUCACCAAGAAGGUAGUGCCGAGCAAAAUUGAUGUUGCAACGACAGAUCUACGGCGAUUGCUUCGGUUGGACUUGUCGUGAUCUCGGCACUUGUUGAAGUAAAUGCAAAGAUGCU